AUGUGGAAAACUUAUGAAAAAGCGGAAGAUAAGGAGGAAGACCCCCUCCUUUCUCCCAACACAAUGGCGGAACUGAAGCCCGUGCACGGCGUCUCCAGCCAUCUUGGCACCGGAAUUGAAGGCUGUGUGGAGACGGUCAAGCCGCUGCCGGAGGCAUGGCAGCGGCAUGUUACUGAAUUCGAUCUCGCCGCAUACGACAAGGACGACUUCACCCUCUCGAUGGAGAAAAACAUCAUGAGCCGCAUGUUCUCUGCAUUCGAUGUGACACAGUUGGGCUAUCUGGAGAACAGUAAGAUUGAGCAGAUGUGCAAGUAUCUGGGCCGUGACAUGAACACGGAGGAUGUGAAACAGAUGAUGAAGGAGAUUAAUGCCAUUGACGGCCACGUUACAUUUGAGAAGUUGUGGACAUGGUGGCGCUCACACCCUGAGUGCUCGCGAAAGGAGUGCUUUUCGAUGGUCUCUGCGCACUUCUCUGUGCCAUACCACCAGCAGCAGCUCAUGACGAAGGAGGAGGGUGAGCUCUAUACGCCGAGCUAUCGGGUCCUGUACUACUUUAAGGACAUGGAGACGGGACAGGAGCGGCAGGUAUCUCCGUGGCACGACAUCCCGCUUUACGUGCGCGACCUAGUGCGCACAAAGCCGGAAUCGGAGCCCAUGAAUCGCUACAAUUUUAUUUGUGAGAUCCCAAAGUGGACGCGGGCGAAGUUUGAGAUCGCAACGGGGGAGCCGUUCAAUCCUAUCAAGCAGGACGUCAAGAAUGGUGUCCCGCGUUUCUACAAGCACGGUGACAUGAUGUGGAACUAUGGUGCGCUGCCGCAGACCUGGGAAAGCACGGAAGUCGUCUUUGAGGGCAACGUUACUGGCGAUAACGACCCGAUCGAUGCGGUUGAGAUCGGUAUGACGCAGUUCAGAGUUGGACAAGUGGGUGCAGUGAGGGUGCUUGGGGUACUUGGGAUGAUUGAUGAUGGACAGAUGGACUGGAAGGUGAUCUGCAUUUCUCGUAACGACCCCAUCUGUCGUUUCGUGAAGAACAUUCAUGAUGUGCCUAAGUUCCUACCGGGGUGCCUGGACGCCAUCCGCGAGUGGUUCCGUGUGUAUAAGAUUUGCCAGGGCGGCGUGGAGAAUAAGUUUGUCUUUGACGGCGAGUUCAAAGACAAUGCGUUCGCAAUGAAGGUGAUUGACGAGUCACAUUUCAUGUGGGGCAAUCUCUGCAAGAUCAAGCAGAAGAAGAGCGUCUGA